AUGUUUAGAAAAAAAGAAGUUAUUUAAAUAGCAGAAUUAAGGGCUGAACCUAUAAAAGAGAUUUAAUUAUAGUUGAGUGAAGAGUUAUAUGAGUCGAAGUUUAUUUUUAAUAUUAAUGUAUACAGUUGGAUUAGAUUGAUUAGAGAAUGUAAUGGAAAUUAAAGAGAGAAGUUAUUGGAGAUGCUUAAAAGGUAUCAGAAAUCAAUUCUAAGAUUUCUAUAAUAAAAGAAUAAAAUAAAUCUUAAUUAAAGGAAGAGUUUUUAAAAUUAACUUAAGAUGUUGUUAAUUUAGAAUAAUAAAAAGUUAAUUAAAUAAAAACAAUUAGAAAAUUAGUUGAUGAUAAAGAAUAUGCAGAAAAGAAAUCUAAGGAGAUGAAGAAAUUAUAUUUGUAAUCAUAAAUUCGUAAUGAGUAAUUAAAAAAAAUGAUAUUAGAAGAAGAAGAACGAUUUAAGAGUUUGAUAUUGAAUUGA